UUACGGAGUAGGCUACUUUCAAUGUUACAGUCACGUUCUACAACUCGGUGUCAGUGAGUUCUCUGGUUAAACAUCGACCACGGUUACUUUGUUGAAUUAAAGUGUGUCUAUUCGAAAUGGGCCGGAAAGUAGUUGUAGCAACAUGCUCCCUGAACCAGUGGGCGUUAGAUUUUGACGGGAACUUGGAGAGAAUCCUCAAAAGUAUAGAGAUAGCUAAGUCUCUGGGAGCCAGAUACAGGCUGGGACCAGAGCUGGAGAUAUGUGGCUAUGGCUGUGCUGAUCACUUUUAUGAGUCGGACACCCUGCUCCACUGUUUCCAGGUCCUCAGGAAGCUGCUGGAGAGUCCUCUUACCCAGGACAUCAUCUGUGAUGUGGGGAUGCCUGUAAUGCACCACAAUGUGCGCUACAACUGCAGAGUGGUCUUCCUGAACAGGAAGAUUCUGCUGAUCCGGCCCAAGAUGCUGCUGGCUAACUAUGGCAACAACCGAGAGUUCCGCUGGUUCUCCCCAUGGAACCAGCCCAGGCGUGUGGAGGAAUACUUCCUUCCUAGAAUGCUUCAGGACCUGACAGCACAGACCACAAUUCCAUUUGGAGAUUGUGUCCUCUCCACCCUAGAUACCUGCAUCGGCAGUGAGAUCUGUGCUGAACUCUGGAACCCCCGGAGUCCUCAUGUGGACAUGGGACUGGAUGGGGUGGAGAUCAUCACCAACUCCUCAGCCAGCUACCACGAACUCCGAAAGGCUGACAAUAGGGUCAACCUGGUCAGGUCAGCCACCAGCAAGAGCGGAGGGAUCUACCUGUUUGCUAACCAGAAGGGUUGUGAUGGUGACCGGCUGUACUAUGACGGCUGUUCCAUGAUUGCCAUCAAUGGGGAUGUGGUGUCCCAAGGCUCCCAGUUCUCUCUGGAGGAUGUGGAGGUGCUGACAGCGACUCUAGACCUGGAAGAUGUGCGUAGCUACAGAGGAGAGCGUUGUCAUCCACACGUGGAGAGCGAACCUCGGCCGUACCACAGGGUCAAAGUUGACUUCAGCCUAUCCGACGGAGAGGAUGUCUUUCUCCCCACCCACCAGCCAAUCACGUGGCAGUUCCACACCCCAGAGGAGGAGAUCAGCCUGGGCCCAGCCUGCUGGUUGUGGGACUACCUCCGUAGGAGUGGCCAGGCAGGGUUCCUGUUGCCCCUGAGUGGGGGUGUAGAUAGCUCGUCCACAGCCUGCAUUGUCUUCUCCAUGUGCACCAUGGUGUGCCAGGCAGUCAAAGAUGGCAACAGGCAGGUCCUGGAGGAUGUGCAGCGUGUGGUGGGGGACGGCUGCUACCGUCCUCAGGACCCCAGGGAGCUGUGUGGACACCUCUUCUCCACAUGCUACAUGGCCAGCGAAAACUCCUCCCAGGACACACGCAACAGGGCCACGGAGCUGGCCAAUCAGAUAGGCAGCUCUCACAUGAACCUCAGCAUUGACAUGGCUGUGAAGGGCAUUCUGGGAAUCUUCUCCAUGGUAACCGGGAAGUGGCCCCAGUUCCGUGCCAACGGAGGCAGCAGCAGAGAGAACCUGGCCCUGCAAAAUGUUCAGGCCCGUGUUAGGAUGAUUCUGGCCUACCUGUUUGCCCAGCUGAGCCUGUGGUCUCUGGGUCGACCUGGAGGGCUGCUGGUCCUGGGCUCAGCCAAUGUGGACGAGAGUCUGACAGGUUACUUCACAAAGUACGACUGCUCCAGUGCAGACAUCAAUCCCAUUGGGGGGGUCAGUAAGACAGACUUGAAGAGCUUCCUGCAGUACUGUGUGGAGCAAUUCCACCUCACAUCUCUCAGGAGCAUCCUGGCUGCCCCGCCCACCGCAGAGCUGGAGCCCCUAUUGGACGGACAGGUGUCGCAGACUGAUGAGGCAGAUAUGGGGAUGACAUACUCAGAGCUGUCUGUGAUUGGUCGGUUGAGGAAGAUUUCAAAGUGUGGCCCCUACAGCAUGUUCUGUAAACUCAUCCACACCUGGAAAGAUGCCUUCUCCCCUCUGCAGGUGGCGAGCAAGGUGAAGCACUUCUUCAGGAUGUACUCUGUGAACAGACACAAGAUGACCACAAUCACUCCCUCCUACCACGCAGAGAGUUAUGGCCCAGAUGACAACCGCUUUGACCUCCGACCUUUCCUCUACAACACCCGCUGGAGCUGGCAGUUCAGGUGUAUUGAUAACCAGGUGGCCCAGAUGGAAGCAGGGAACAACCAUCAUGUGUGAGCUGCUGUCUUUCUGGUACUGCAACAACAAGGCUCAUGAGGAAGCAGCCUGACGACUCAAACACCACACAGCUGCUGUCAAUGCUAGGAAUGUUGUCCUGCUUGUGUUCACACUGUUUUUUCUGGUUCUAGCCCAGUCACCAGACAUUCGAUAUAAGUGAGUUUUGAUAUUGCUGACUUGGAAUGUUCCUCUGAUGACCAGUGUGUUGGGCUGUAUUGUGAGCAAUGAACACAUCUAAACUGUAAACAGUAGUGUCUAUUUUCCAGUCCUUUAUUUCAACUGUUAAUGGGAUCAAAGUAUGUUUUUGAGGUUUCAAUGUUUUACUGGAAUAUUAAACGGUUUCAAAUAAUCAAAAUAAUAAUCAAAUACGGAGUGU